AGAUGAAUUGAACAUGGCUUAACUUAAUUACUCGUACGAGAUAUUGGCCUUUGUUGGCUAUGUAUGAUACUCCUUGGCUUCCCCUUCCUUGGCUUCCUCCUUUUAAGACAAAAUGGUGGCAUAUGCAGGAGAAAACAGAGUGGGAAAUCUGAAUGAAAUUGUUAACUGAUGAAUUCAAAUAUGAUAGCCAUUGUUACAUGAAAUCAAACCCAAAAUUAAAAUGCCACCACCUGCUAAACCCAGCAAAUUUUACUUCUUCUAUGGCAGAAGAAAGCCUUCUCAGAACAGACCCACUGUUUAUGGUGGUCUCUUCUCCAAUCGCCAAACCAUAAACCCUAAUUCCCUCAAUUCCUUAAACCCUAAUUUCCAUCAAUCUCAAAAACCCGCAAAUUUUAACCUUCAAAAUUGGGACCCAGAUUCCCAAAUUGGUUCAAAACCCUCUCAACCUAAAACCCCAUCUGAAAAUUUCUUCCAUAUUGGUCAGAAAUUAUCCCCAAUUGCUCGUUUCAUCUGUGAUUCUUUCAGGAAACACCAGAGGUGGGGCCCAGAGGUGAUUGCUGAUCUCUCGAAGCUUCGCCGGGUUAACCCGGACAUGGUUGCAGAGGUCCUUAAGGUGCAGGAUGACCCCAACAUUUGCUCCAAGUUCUUUCAUUGGGCUGGUAAACAAAAGGGCUAUCAACAUACUUAUCUUUCUUAUAAUGCAUUUGCUUAUUGUCUGAAUAGAUUGAAUAAGUUUAGAGCUGCUGAUCAAAUACCUGAGCUGAUGCAUAUGCAGGGUAGACCACCUAGUGAGAAACAGUUUGAGAUUUUGAUUAGAAUGCAUGCUGAUAAUAAUAGGGGUCUUAGGGUGUAUUAUGUGUAUGAGAAGAUGAAGAAAUUCGAGGUCAAACCUCGUGUUUUUUUGUAUAAUAGGAUCAUGGAUGCUUUAGUUAAGACGGGUCAUUUAGACUUGGCGAUGUUGGUUUAUAAUGAUUUUAAGAAGGAUGGAUUGGUGGAGGAGACUGUAACUUACAUGAUUUUGAUCAAGGGUUUGUGCAAAGGUGGGAGGAUUGAUGAGAUGUUGGAGCUUUUGGGACAAAUGAGGAGUUUGUUAAAGCCGGAUGUUUUUGCAUACACGGCUAUGAUUCGGAUUUUAGUGGGGGAGGGGAAUUUGGAUGGGUGCUUGAAGGUUUGGAAUGAAAUGGAGAAAGAUAAGGUUUUGCCUGACGCAAUGGCUUAUACGACUUUGAUUUCAGCUUUGUGUAAAGGGAAUCGUGUGGAUAAAGCCUAUGAAUUAUUUAAGGGUAUGAAGAAUAGGCGAGAGUUGAUUGAUAGAGCUAUAUAUGGUGCACUGGUGGAUGGUUUUGUGGCUGAUGGCAAGGUUGGUUCAGCCCUUGACCUGUUAAAGGAUAUGAUGGAUUCUGGAUAUAGGGCAGAUUUGUCAAUCUAUAAUACCUUAAUACAAGGAUUAUGUAAUUUGAAACAACUUGACAAGGCUUAUAAGCUUUUCCAAGUAACAGUUAAUGAGGGUCUUCAACCAGACUUUGCAACUGUGAAUCCAAUGUUGAUAUCUUAUGCAGAAUCAAGAAAAAUGGAUGAUUACUGCAAAUUGCUUGUCCAGAUGCAAAAAUUAGGAUCACCGGUUAUUGAUGGACUUUCUGGAUUCUUCUCUCUGAUGGUUGAAAUGGAUGAGAGAUUGCCUUGUACUUUAGAAGUAUUCAAAGAUUUGAAAAAUAAAGGUUAUUGUAGUUUGUCGAUAUACAAUAUUCUUUUGGGAGCUCUGUACAAGGUUAGACAACCAAAGGAAGCAUUGUCCUUCUUUGAGGAAAUGAAAGAUUCAAACUUUGCACCCGAUUCAACAACUUAUAGUCAUGCCAUCAUGUGUCUUGUUGAUCUUGAGGAUGUGAGAGAGGCGUGUCUUUGGUAUAAUAAAAUAAAGGAGAUGGGCUCCAUUCCUUCCAUUGCAGCCUAUUGCUCUUUGGCGAAUGGGCUUUGCAAAAUAGGAGAGAUUGAUGCAGCGAUUUCUCUAGUCCAAGACUGCUUAGGUAAUGUCAGCAGUGGACCUAUGGAGCUCAAAUACACUCUAAGCAUUAUCCAUGCUUGCAAAUCGAAUGAUGCUGACAAGGUCAUUGAAGUAGUAGAUGAAAUGUUACACCAAGGAGGCAUACCUAGUGAAAUUAUAUAUUGUGCUGUUAUCUCUGGAAUGUGCAAGCAUGGGACAUUGGAGGAGGCUAGGAAGGUUUUCUCCAGUAUGAAGGAACAAAAAUAUAUAUCCGAAGCCAAUGUGAUUUUUUAUGAUGACAUGCUCAUGGAACACAUGAAGAAGAAAACAGCGGACUUGGUCCUGUCAGGAUUGAAGUUCUUUGGGCUAGAGUCCAAAUUAAAAUCAAAAGGCUCUACAUUGCUGCCAAGCUAAGAGUGAACAGAGGAAACACUCAAAGAUGGCCUCAGAGGAGGCGCAGAGCUGGAACUGAUACAAUAUUCAGGUUAAACAUCAGGAAACAAGGUACCAAAAUGAUCAGGUGGAAGCUGAAAAUUUGUACUGCUGCCAACUGAUAGGUCAUGCUCCAAUGUAAUGUGACCUAAAUCUUGGGUGCCAAAGGUUAAGCUGAUCUGUUGAUAGUUGCUCAUUCUAGGCUUUCUUAGAAGAUUCGCUGUCAUGCUCCAAUGUAAUGUAACCUAAAUCUUGGGUGCCAAAGGUUAAGCUGAUCUGUUGAUAGUUACUCAGUCAAAGCUUUCUUAGAAGAUUCGCAGUAUGCACGCUUCAGAAUGGAAAUACGUCUGCAUGCUUUCACUGCUAAUAAUCUAAAUGGGGCUGAGUGCCAUAGCUGCUCAGUUACACACGUUAAAGAGUAUCCAGCCUUGAUUUAGUUCCGUGGUAUAUAUCUCUUGUAGUCACUACUGUGUACUUGUCUUAUGAGAGCAUUACUGUUGGCGUUCAUUAAUAGUCAUGUAGCUAAAUUGUAGAUUAGAGAGAAGGAUUCAGAUGUUCCAUUGUAAACAUUGAAUUUCUUUUUAGCUGUUGGUGUUGACAUUAAAUAAACCAGAUUGUAUACUGCUGGAAUGCUGGACAAUUACUUGUGCUAUUACAAUAAUAAUACAACUCUUCUGUCCUGGAAAAUUUAACUGUUGGUUAGAAUUAUGGAAUCAUAUUGCUGCCUACACCUGUAAAACAAGGGUAAUUCAAAGAGGCUUACCAUCCUACCUUCAUAUUCCAAGCUCUGAAAUCGUUGAUUAUGAGGUGUGAAGUUUGAGAAAUUCAAUUACUGUGACCUUCGCUGCCAUGAUGAUUCAAU